CUUGCUAGCUGUGCGGGUUGACAGUUAGCUGCCCAAAAUACCUACCUGAAGCAUUUUGCUUUGUAUGGAAGCGGUCAGCAUCACUAAGGGGUUCAUGACACGUCGCGCUGGCUAUAAUGAGGGCUGUUAUUGUGCUGUCACUGCUGCUGCUGAACAUACAUCAUGUCAUAUCAGCACCCAAAGGAGUCACUGCCAGUCUAAAAGCCAAGUGGAGCAUGACGCCUUUCCUCCUGGAGACAAGCGAGUUUAUUGGAGAAGAUGGGAAUGAGAAAUUCUGGCAGUUUGUUGACACUGUGAAAGAGCUCACUGUGUACAAGCAAGGAGAGUCUGUGCGCUCAUACUAUAACUUGGUCAUUAAGAAGGCUGGCCAGUUCCUCACAGAUCUUCAAGUUAAUCUUCUCAAAUUUGCUCUGGCCCUACGGUCCUACUCACCAGCUGUACAUGCAUCCCAACAGAUAGCUGGUGAUGAGCCUCCGCCUGAGGCUUGCCCUGCCUUUGUCUCCAUCCAUGGUCAACAUAGCUGCAGUACCAAGGACGUCAAGAAGCUCCUGAAGGCAGCUGCAGGCAGGCCAAAACCAUAUUUAUACAAGAAUGAUCACACAUACCCAGGGGUCAAUAAAACAGAUGUGCCAGUGGUGAUCCUCUAUGCUGAGAUUGGAACCAAGAAGUUUACCUCUUUUCAUAAGGUGCUGUCCGAGAAAGCUCAAGAGGGCACACUUGUAUAUGUACUGCGACAUUUUAUAGCGGAUCCAAAACCUCAAAAGAUGCUUUUAUCUGGCUAUGGUGUUGAGUUGGCUAUCAAAAGCACAGAAUACAAAGCUGUGGAUGACACUAAAGUGAAAGAUUCAAAGACAGUAAUAAAUACAGAGGACGAAGAUAACGAUGAAGUCCAAGGAUUCUUUUUUGGAACAUUAAAGAAAUCUCAUCCUGACCUAGAGGAGCAACUUGUUGAGCUUCGCAAACAUCUUCUGGAGAGCACUAAUGACAUGGCUCCUCUCAAAGUGUGGGAAAUGCAAGAUCUAAGUUUCCAAGCAGCUGCCAGAAUCGUGGCCGUGCCCAAGUUUGAUGCUUUGAAGCUUAUGCGAGACAUCAGUCAGAACUUUCCAAGCAAAGCCAGAUCACUGACAAGAGUGGCUGUAAAGCAGGAAAUGAGAAAAGAAAUUGAGGAGAACCAAAAGCAUCUCAGUGAGACCAUUGGUGUUCACCCAGGAGACGGGGAGCUCUUCAUCAAUGGGCUACACAUUGAUCUGGACACUCACAACCCUUUCAGCAUUUUGGACACCCUCAGAGGAGAGGCCAGGGUCUUGGAGGGGCUUCAUAACCUAGGCAUAAAAGGAGAACAUCAGGGCAAGCUGUUGAGAUUACCUGUGAAUGCAGUGGAUGACAGCUAUGCCUUAGAUAUCAGACAUCCAGCUAUAAUGUGGUUAAAUGAGAUAGAGAAUGACCCGAUGUACCGCAGCUGGCCAACAGGUGUACAGGAGCUCCUCAGAGCCACCUUUCCUGGAGUCAUCCGGCAGAUCCGACGGAAUUUUUUCAACCUGGUGCUGUUCCUAGAUCCAGUACAAGAAGAAAGUGUUGAGCUGGUGAAACUCGCAGAGCUUUUCUAUAAGCAUAAAAUUCCCCUGAGAAUUGGAUUUGUGUUUGUUGUCAACACCAAGGAUGAGAUUGAUGGCUUCUCCGACGCAGGGGUUGGAUUUUACCGACUACUGAAUUACAUUGCAGAUGAGUACGAUUUAUCCCAGGCUCUGAUGUCCAUGGUCUCAAUGUACAACAAAGUAGAUGUAGGCGAGACGCUAUCUGUUGAUACACUCUCUGCUUACCUGAAGAGAAAAUUCCCUAAAGCCAAUGCUGAGAGGAUUUUCGGUGCAGAAUCUGAGUAUGAUGACAAAAGAAAGGAUGGUGCCCUCUUCUACAAAAAGACUGGCCUGGGUGCUCUACCUCUGGCAUUAUUCAAUGGAGUCCCUCUAAGCCCAGAUGAGAUGGACCCAGAAGAGCUGGAGACCAUCAUCCUGCAGCGCAUAAUGGACACCACCACUGCCUUCCAGAGAGCUGUCUUUAUGGGUCAAUUAACUGAGGGUUCAGAUGUGGUGGACUAUCUAAUGGAGCAGGCCAAUGUGGUUCCCAGGAUGAACCCCCUUAUUCUAAGUACUGACCGAAAGUACCUCGACUUCACUGCCGCACCAGUUGUAUAUGAUUGGGAGGACACAACUAUGUUUUCAUUCUUGGACAUCAGAGACAAGACAGCUGUAAUGGCCAAGAGAAUGAAGUACUUUACAAAUAAUGAUGAGGAUGGGAUGAGUACUGUGACCAUAUGGAUAGCUGGAGAUUUAGAGAAGCUUUCAGGAAGAAAGCUGCUGCUCAAUGCUCUGAAACAUGUGCAGAAGGCCAGCCCUGGAGUGCGAGUGGGGGUGAUAAAUAACCCCAGUGGAAAGCCCAGUGAAGAUAACACUGUGCUGUACAGGGCUAUCUGGGCGUCUUUCCUCACCCAGAAGAAUAAGGCUACAGCAGAGUUUGUGCAAAAACUCCUGAAAGAGGAAAGCAGCCAGCUCCUCCAGCAGGGGACCAAGAUUAAGGAUUUACUGAUGCAGGGCAUGGAUGUUGAUGCCUUUGAGAAAAAGUUCAACACACUGGAAGUGGAUUUUAUCCGCAGUCAGCAGCUGUUCUGUCGAGAUGUCCUGAAACUGAGUCCUGGAGAGCGGGCAGUGAUCAGCAAUGGCAGAAUCCUUGGUCCGUUUGAGGAGCAGGAAGAAUUCACUGUGGAGGAUUUCCAUUUGCUGGAGAAGAUUACACUGAGUGGUUCUGCAGAGAAAGUCAAAGCCAGAGUUAAACAGAUGGGGAUGAAGCCAAAGCACGCCAGUGACUUAGUCAUGAAAGUUGAUGCCCUCUUAACUGCAGCUCCCAAAGGAGAGGUCAGGAGAGAUGUCCACUUUAUCAAAGACAGCCACAGUAUGCUCCAUCUCUCCCCGCGUGAAAACGAGGUGUUCUAUGAUGUGGUGGCCAUCGUUGACCCCCUCACUAGAGAGGCACAGAAGAUGUCCUCUCUGCUGAUUGUGCUCAGUCAAGUGGUCAAUGUGAGACUGCAGGUGUUUAUGAAUUGCCGGGCCAAGUUGUCUGAGAUGCCCCUCAAGAGCUUUUACCGCUUUGUCUUGGAGUCUGAUGUGGCUUUCUUGGCCAACGACACAGUGUCUCCAGGACCAGUUGCCCGCUUCAUGGAGCUCCCAGAAUCUCCACUCCUCACCCUGAAUAUGAUCACACCAGAGAGCUGGAUGGUGCAGGCAGUGCGCAGCCCCCAUGACUUGGAUAACAUCCACCUGCAGGAGGUGAGUGGUGUUGUGAUGGCGGAGUAUGAACUGGAACACCUUUUGCUGGAGGGCCACUGCUUUGACCUGUCAACUGGCCAGCCUCCCCGUGGACUGCAGUUUACACUGGGCAUGAGUCUAGACCCGCUCAUGUAUGACACUAUUGUCAUGGCUAACCUGGGAUAUUUCCAGCUGAAAGCAAAUCCUGGUGCCUGGAUCCUAAGAUUACGUGAAGGAAGAUCAGAGGAUAUCUAUCAGGUUCUCACGCACGACGGAACCGAUUCCCCUGCUGAUGCUGGUGAUGUUAGAGUUGUGCUGAACAGUUUCCACAGUAAGAUCAUCAAAGUCAGAGUGCAGAAAAAGGCAGAUAAAAUCAAUGAAGAUCUUUUAAGUGAAACUAGUGAAAGCAAAGGAAUAUGGGACUCCAUAGCAAGCAUCACGGGUGGUGGCUCCAAGAAGGAUGAUGGAGAGAAGAAGAAAGAAGAUGUUCUAAAUAUAUUUUCUGUGGCCUCAGGCCAUCUGUAUGAGCGCUUUCUGAGAAUAAUGAUGCUGUCUGUCCUUCGGCAUACCAAAACACCUGUCAAGUUCUGGUUCCUCAAGAAUUACCUCUCCCCAUCUUUCAAGGAGACCAUAUCUCACAUGGCAGAGUCGUAUGGCUUCCAAUAUGAAUUAGUGCAGUACAAAUGGCCCCGUUGGCUCCACCAGCAGACUGAGAAGCAACGCAUUAUCUGGGGAUACAAGAUCCUUUUCCUGGAUGUUCUGUUCCCCUUGGCUGUGGACAAGAUCAUCUUUGUGGAUGCCGACCAGAUAGUUCGGGCUGAUCUGAAGGAGUUGAGGGAUUUAAACCUGGAAGGUGCUCCUUAUGGGUUCACACCGUUUUGUGAUAGCCGCCGAGAGAUGGAAGGCUAUCGCUUUUGGAAAACCGGCUAUUGGGCCUCACAUCUGGGACACAGAAAAUACCACAUCAGCGCUCUGUUUGUAGUAGAUUUAAAGAAGUUCCGAAAGAUCGCAGCAGGGGACAGAUUACGAGGCCAGUACCAAGCCUUGAGCCAAGACCCUAACAGUCUGUCCAACCUGGACCAGGACCUUCCCAACAACAUGAUCCACCAGGUGGCCAUUAAGUCUCUUCCUCAGGAGUGGCUGUGGUGUGAGACAUGGUGUGAUGACGUCUCCAAAGUCACAGCAAAGACUAUAGACCUGUGCAAUAACCCAAAGACCAAGGAGCCCAAGCUAAUGGCCGCAGCAAGGAUUGUGCCUGAGUGGGUUGAAUAUGACAAUGAGAUAAAACAGCUACUGAGACAGGUCCAGGAACAGGGAGACCCAGCGAAGGAAAAACAGACUCCCACUCCCUCACAGCAUAAAAAAGUAGACAACCUGCGUGAUGAACUUUAGCGUCUGCCAGCACUAUGCUGGAGACGAAGGAGGCAGCACCUUUUGCACGCAGGCCACCUGUGAAGCUUGAAGACAGACAAUUCCAUCUAAACAUAGCCAUGGAGUGUUACAUCCACAGCGGCACAGCCGGAGAAGGAUGUCAUACUUUCAGAGAUGCCAUGGCUGCUUCUGCAGUCAGUACGUCUUACAAAAUCAACACGUGAUGUAAGUGUUAACUGCCAGCUGUGAACUCCUGGUGCACUAUCAGCACUACAGUCAGGUCUUGUUAGUACGUGGUUACCGGAAAAUGAAGUGACCACAGAAAGAGUAAACGGUCAGUCAAACCACUCAAUUCGGUGUGUAUGUGAGGAAAACAAGCUGCACUGAUAAUGUAUGCAGAAUCAAGAAUCAAAUGGAGAAGGCACAUUUCUAAGAAUCUAUUCUCAAAUCUUAAUGUUUGUUUAUGUACACCUUUUUCAAAAAGCUAAUACAUGUACAUAUUCUUAAUUUGACUUUGUAAACAUGACUAUGCGAUGACUAAAAUGCCCAUACCAAAGUUGUGACUGAAGUAAAGCUUGAUUUAUUUUUAAAAUUA